AGAACUGUCACUCGCCACCGCGCAGAAAAUCUUCCUUGCUCAGCCAACACGGCACGCGCGACCUCGUGUAUUUUCUCCUGUACGGUCGAAAAUCAGUGGUUUUUAUUGAUUUUUCCCACCUCCUGGCUGUGGAACAUCCGCCAUUCUGUUAGCACUCGUUCACUCCGUCUGCAGUGUCUAUUGUUUUCCGUCUUCGUUUUGCAUUUUAAGAGAUUAGAGAAAAAAAAUGGCUUCCCCACUAGCGUACGAGAAACACUGGGCAGAUAAGACCAACCUGGACAGUGCAGAGAAGAAGUACUACGAGUACCUGGCCCAGCUUUCACAAGGGAAAAAACCUGAAUGUCCUAAUGUAGCACAGAAGAAGGCCGCAGCUCCGGUCGUUCAACCCAAAACGGCCCAAGCCCCCAGCAAGAAGGAACAAAAUCAGCCAAAAGCGGUUGCAGCUGCUCCUCCUGCUGCUGCAGCAGCCCCCGAAUCUGACCAGAACAAGGUAAAGAAGGAAAAGAGGAAGAACAAGAAAAACAAGAAGGAUGCGUCCCAAUCGCCUGAUCAUGCUUCCUCCUCCGUGAGCGAACCGGUGGUGAAGGAAUCACCGAAAGCUGUAACACCACCACAAACACCGGUACUAGCUGUUGCGAGCGAUGAUGCUUCCAAAGAACAGAACAAGAAGAAGACCAAGAAAAACAAGAAGAGCAAGUCCGGCCAGGAAACUGCAGCAGCCGCUAACGAAGCAUCCGCCGUUGUUCACCAUACUAACCAUAAGCUACUAACCGAGAAGGAGAGCGCCAAAAAUCUGAAGGAAAAGGAAAACCUAGCCCAUAAGUUGUGCGAUAACAUUACCGAGGAGUUGAGCAAGAUGAGUUCCUUCCCGGCACAGUGCACUUUGGCAUCGGAGAUCUCCAAGGCCAGACAACACAUCAAGAAUUCUCUUGAGCGAAUGGAUGGAAUUGCCGCCCUGGCCGCCAGUCCCGGCGCUGAAUUGCUGGAUCGUUUGUCCACCGUUGAAAAGGAGAACGACAAGCUGCGCUCCGUCAUCGAUGGUCUGAACAAUCUGGUGAUUGAUCUGCACGCGCGUGUCAAGGCCCUGGAAUCCGGAUCAGCAGCGCCUGCCUCGAAAACCGCCGCCCCAGUUCAGAAAGCAGCCCCCGCACCUGCCGCCGCCGAUGAUGAAGAAGACGAUGAUGACGUCGAUCUCUUCGGAUCGGAAGACGAAGAUGAGGACAAGGCCGCUGCUGAGCUGCGCGAGAAGCGUCUGGCCGAGUAUGCCGCCAAGAAGUCCAAGAAACCCGCCCUCAUUGCCAAGUCGAACGUUAUUCUGGACAUCAAGCCAUGGGAUGACGAAACCGACAUGAAAAUGAUGGAGGCAGAGGUCCGAAAGAUUACCAUGGAUGGACUCUUGCUGGGAGCCUCAAAAUUGGUGCCAUUGGCUUACGGAAUCCACAAGCUGCAGCUGAGCUGCGUCAUCGAGGACGACAAAGUGUCCGUCGAUGAGCUGCAGGAGAAGAUUGAACAGAUCGAAGAUUACGUCCAGAGUGUGGACAUUGCCGCGUUCAACAAGAUCUAAGAACAUCUCUCUGGGACAUCGUAAUGCUCAUCAGCCUCAACUAUAAUAGCGUACACACUGCGUAACCAUCUAUCACACCUUCCUUUCAAAUUGAAAGUUUUACAACAUUAUAAAAUGCGUUUGACUUGAACAACAACAAACUAUUGUAAUCAGCAAGACUAAGGACAACGUAAAUGUUCAAAAUAAAAAUAACAAGAUAUUA